GACAAGUACGAUGAGUACAGAAAGAAGUGGGGAGGUGGUAUCAUGGGCUCGAAAUCACAGGCCAGGACCAAGGCGAAGGAGAAGCUCUUAGCAAAGGAAGCCGCACAGAGGCUGAACUAGAAGUAUCUUCCAUAGAGAGGAGAGGGUGUUGGUCAUUUUCUUCUGUUUUUUCUGGUUCUUUCAAGACUAGUCUGUCCCCCUAUUAUCACUUACAAAUCAACUUGAGCUUUUAUAUCACUCUGGUUAGAGUGUGGAUAUGGUUUUUGAUAGAACAUCUGUAGCAUCUACAUUUCUCUUCAUCUAUUUUCAUCCAAACCAGUUCUCCUUUAAUGUGUUCCUUUCUUCAA